AUGUUCUCGAUAUGGCCAGAUACCCUCAGCCGCCUAUUUCUGUUUGCUGUGAUUCUCCGCUCAACAACCGCCUACGUCGCUAAGAAUGUUGAAGGACCGGGAAGCGAUAGCCAGGAGGAGGGGCCGUCACUUGAAGAGAUCGCCCGUCUGUAUACCAGGAGAACGUCAGGAGGAAUUCAUCUACCCAUCGUUCCGCGGGAAGUGCCAUCUGGGGAGUUGCAACGGCGGGAUGCUGCAGCUAUCGGGUUGGGUAAUUUCGUAGAUGUGAUUUACAGCGUCCUGUUAACCGUUGGUGGCGUUACAACCCCUUUAAUCCUCGACACUGGGUCGACCGACCUAUGGCUCAUGUCAGAUGCCUGCACAAGCGGGUGCACCGCCCGUGGGCAGCGAGCGCCGCUAUACCCUCAAGCCACCUUCGACUCCACCGGUUUGGAGGCUGCGCUAUUUUACGGCGACUCCAUGACCGGAACCAGCGCGUUCGGAGUCAUCGGGAAAGAUACCGUCAGUCUCGCAGGACUGACCUUGGAGGACCAGUACUUUGCUGCAAUCAACCGCACGAAUACCAGCAUCAUCGACACUGGGGGCACAGGGAUAUUCGGCCUUGGUUUCCCGAUUAAUAGUGUGAUUUGGAACACGCUGUUUACAGAGCAGCAGCAGCGGGGUAGCAUACCCUCGCAAGAACGCCGCAGUUUGGAGUCGAGGCAGGAAGGACCCACAUUGCUCGAACCACAGGGCGCCAAGUAUGGCUCUCAACGCUUCCCGACAUUCCCGUUGCACUCUCGCUUUCCUUCCCAUCUCGCUGAUCUUGUUCACCCCGAAGCUGACCCCUCCCAAUCCGUGCGGAGACAAGUGUCGCGAGGGAUGUAUGCCCUGCUGAACUCGUUCAACACGCUGGGGUCGUUCAUCACCCGUCUUAUCCUGGAGUCCAGAUUGGAUCUCCCCAUGGUCACAGUCACCAUGCAACGAAACACUAUCGAUGUCGGAGGAAACGUUGGGCUGCUCAGUAUUGGGGAGAUGCCACCUGACGUUUCUCUGGAUGAGUUGACUUGGGUGCCUGUACGGGCGUAUUCGUAUGCGGAAGGCGGCCUUCCAGCACCGCAGAACUCGCCUCUGGAGGAAUAUCCCAUUGCAUGGGAAGUGAUGAUCGAUGAUGUAUACCUCAAUGGAGAGAAGCUUCCCCGCUCGACCCUGUCUCCACCUUCGAUUCAAUUGUCCGCUCUCGUUGAUACGGGAAAUUCGCUUAUCCGUGGCCCAGAAGACGUAGUCAGUGAAAUAUACCGCAGAAUUUCUGGCUCGAGAAUAUCUUCACGCUUGGCUGCGUUGUUCCCCUGCGACGAACCCCAGAGGCUAGAAUUCUCGAUCGGCGGAAAGCUGUUCCCCGUGGAUCCUCGAGAUUUUAUGGCUCAGAUAUACGUCGACAAUGUUGGUGUUUGCGUCCCGAAUGUUGUGAGCACGGACCCGCCGGGCGACGGAGGGUACCUCUUCAGUUGGAGUUUAGGGGUUCCAUUCCUAAAGAGUGUUGUGUCGUCUUAUUACUUUGGAAACAUAACAUAUCCGACUCAGGAUCCUCCCCGUAUGGGAUUUCUGUCGACUGUCCCGGAAGACGCAGAUCAGAGGCUGAGGGCUGCCGUUGCUAGUGCUGCUCGGUUAGAUGGAAACUUCCCUGCUCUGUCGAAUGCAGCACCGACUGGUACUGCCACGCCAGACCCUGGCGAUCCUGGUUCUGGAGGCUCUUCCGACAAUGGAGCUUACUCGCUCCAGCCCAGUUUCCUUCAGUCCAUUACUUACGACAGUAUGGAUCGAUACUAA